UCUUUGACUGACUUGUUGCUGUUGUACUUGUCAUUCAGACAUCCCAGGAAUUCAACGCGACUAGGAGGAACAAACUACUUCGGCACAACGAGGACAUUUUUUUUAGUUAAACCCGCGUCCUUGUCGCCGGCAGAGGUCAAGAAAAUAUCGUUUCUUGUAUAAAUUAGCGGGAAAGUGUCGAGAAACGCGCCGGCUGCAUGCAGAUGUGAAGUCAAGACAGUGUCUGUCAUCCUCUGCUGCUGCCCUGGACUGAGUGCCACCCUCUUCAUCCCCUUCACUGUCUUCAUACAUGCUCUUACAUGAAGAGAGGGGAGAAACCCGAAGGAUACAGGCAGAUGAGACCCAAAACGUUUCCCACCAGCAACUACAGCGGCAACAGUCAACAAAUGCUGCAGGAAAUAAGGAACAGCCUUCGCAACUUGUCCAAACCUUCCGACCCUCCGAAAGUGGAAAUAAGCGGACCUGUUAAGAUGCCACCCGAGGACUCGAGGCAACAGGGGCGCUGCAACAACCCCAAAAACCCCCACCACAAGGCUUUACAGGAGAUCCGCAAAUCCCUUUUGCCUUUUAUAAACGAGCCAACUUCAGGCCCCGUCAAACACAUGAUGGAACCCUCUGCUGGAUUUGAGGAGAGUAACACUCGCGGUAUGGGGGCAGUUAUAGACUACAUGGGUAAAGUAACCUACCAGGAAUCGAGGGAACAGAUGGCUGGGCCCAACACUACAGGUCUGAAAGGCCCAGGAGCUCCUCAUAUCCAGCAGGGUGUCCUGAGGAGGCCUAGCUGGAAAGGGUCUAAGGAGUCUUUGGCCCCUCGACAUGGUGCUCACAUGGUGGAUGGGAUGAUGUACCGCUCAGACAGCCCCGGACCACCUCCUGCAUUUCCACAGGGUCAUCCUGCUAACAACCAGAGGGUUAAUCCUCCUCUGCCGCCACAGGUGCGCAGUGUCACACCCCCACCAAACCGAGGAGCAAUGCCUCCUCCACCAUCUUGGGACAGCAACCCAUCAACCAAGCGUUACUCUGGCAACAUGGAUUACCACGUGCCUCGCAUAUCUCCUGUGCCGCAGGGGGCGUGGCCUGAUAGGAUCAGCCCAGUACCUGUCGGCCACCAGCCCAUCAUAAUGCAAAGUUCUGGGGGGAAUAAGUUCACAUUUCCCUCCAGCUGGUCUCAGAACGGCGCCCCUCAGCAGGAGUAUUUAUCGGGGGGCAGCAGACAGCCUCCUCCACCUUACCCAGUCAACCAGAGCAGCCGGCACAGUCCCACUGACCAGCAGAUGCAGGCAGGAGGACCUUCUUCCUCCCCCUCUUAUGUCAACGGGGGAAACAUCCCUCAGUCCAUGUUGGUUCCGAACCGAAACAGUCACAACCUUGACAUGUACAACAUAGGUCCACCUCAGUCCUGGUCCCAGGUUCCCAUGGCCUCCAGUCAUUCCCAGUCUUCCCCUGGCAACAGUAGUAACCAGGAUCUCUCCCCGUCAUGGCAGCACAACAUCCCAGUACGCUCAAACUCCUUUAAUAACCACCAAUUGAGUGGCAGACAGACCCACCCAGCCAGCUCCCAACCCUCAGCCACCACAGUCACCGCCAUCACUCAGGCGCCCAUCCUACAGCCAGUUAAAAGCAUGCGAGUUCAGAAACCUGAGUUACACACCGCUGUCGCUCCCACACACCCCCCAUGGCUGCAGCAGGCUCAACAGCCUCCAGCUGCACCUGCCUACCAAGAACCUCCAGCCCCUGUGCCUCAGAUCCCUGUUGUAGCAGAGGUCCCCAGCUAUCAGGGCCCACCUCCUCCGUACCCUAAGCAUCUCCUCCAGCAGCAGGCCACACCAAGCCCCCCUGCCUACGAUCCAGGGGCCAACAAGCUCAACACAGGCAGAGAGGAGCCAGCCGAGGAAGAGAGCGGAGGCGGUGAAAGCUCCAGAGACAAGACGUCAGAAAGCCCUGAAAGCCUCUCAGCGACGGAGAAGGAGAAUAAGCAAAUUACGACAUCCCCUGUGCCUGUCCGCCGUAACAAGAAAGACGAAGAACGGAGAGGGGAAUCAGGAAGAAUCGCACUCUACUCCCCACAGGCCUUCAAGUUCUUUAUGGAGCAACAUGUGGAGAACAUCCUAAAGAACCAUCAGCAGAGGAUUCGCAGGAGAAAGCAGCUGGAAAGUGAGAUGCAAAGGGUGGGUUUGUCUUCAGAAGCUCAGGAGCAGAUGCGUAUGAUGCUCUGCCAGAAAGAGUCCAACUACAUCCGGCUAAAGCGGGCCAAGAUGGACAAAUCCAUGUUCAAACGAAUCAAGACCCUGGGCAUCGGAGCCUUCGGUGAGGUUUGCCUGGCCAGAAAGGAGGACACAGGAGCUCUGUAUGCCAUGAAAACACUGCGAAAGAAAGACGUGCUGCUCAGGAAUCAAGUGGCCCACGUGAAGGCAGAGAGGGACAUCCUGGCUGAGGCAGACAACGAGUGGGUGGUACGUCUCUACUACUCCUUCCAAAACAAGGACAACCUGUACUUUGUCAUGGAGUACAUACCUGGAGGGGACAUGAUGAGCCUUCUCAUCCGGCUCGGUAUCUUCAAAGAGGAGCUGGCUCAGUUCUACAUCGCAGAGCUCACCUGUGCCGUGGAGAGCGUCCACAAGAUGGGCUUCAUCCACAGAGACAUCAAGCCGGAUAACAUCCUCAUAGACCGAGACGGACACAUAAAGCUGACCGACUUCGGUCUGUGCACGGGAUUCCGCUGGACACAUGACUCCAAGUAUUACCAGAGUGGUGACCAUGUGAGGCAGGACAGCAUGGACUUCAGUAAGGAAUGGGAAGAUCCCACAAACUGCCGCUGUACAGACCGUCUAAAGCCGCUGGAGAGGAGGAAAGCCCGGCAGCACCAGCGCUGUUUAGCACAUUCACUGGUGGGAACGCCUAACUAUAUCGCACCAGAAGUGCUGCUGCGAACAGGAUACACCCAGCUCUGUGAUUGGUGGAGCGUCGGUGUGAUCUUGUAUGAAAUGGUUGUCGGACAGCCUCCCUUCUUAGCGACCACACCCCUGGAGACACAGCUGAAGGUGAUUAACUGGAAAAGCAUGCUGCACAUUCCCCCGCCGGCCAAGCUCACCCCCGAGGCGUCAGAUCUCAUAGUCAAGUUGUGCCGCGGCCCCGAAGACCGCCUCGGCAAGAACGGCGCCGACGAAAUCAAAGCGCAUCCUUUCUUCAGGAGCAUCGACUUCUCCAGCGAUUUGAGGCAGCAGGUGGCGCCGUACAUCCCCACCAUCGCUCACUCCACGGACACCUCCAAUUUCGACCCUGUAGACCCGGACAAACUGUGGAGCAGCGACAGUGACAACGAGGACAGCCUCAACGACACCCUCAACGGCUGGUUCCGCAAUGGAAAACACCCCGAACACGCCUUCUACGAGUUCACCUUCCGCCGCUUCUUUGACGACAACGGGCACCCGUACAGCUGUCCCAAACCCAUCGAGGACGAGGACUUUAACGAGGACGAGGCGGACUCUGAGGGCGCGGUGCAGGAAGCAGCCGGCAGCUCGGCGAAUCAGAGCCGAGACCUGGUCUACGUGUAGCGUCGGAGGCCCACUGAGCUGCUUGUUCAUAGCGGGUUGUUGGAGGGGGUUCGAGUGUGUGUGUGUGUGUGUGUGUGAAGGGGGUUUCAACUGUACAGCAAUUAAAUCCUCAAACAUAGGACAGUAUGUUUUUAGGAACAGUCUGAAAAGCUCUGCAGGACAUCGUUACAUUAACAGACAUUUUGAAUCAUGAGUUAUUUGGCAUUUUGGGAAAACACACAUUUUAGUAUUAUUGGCAAAAAUGAGAAAACAACAGACACUCUCAUAUUUGCACAGAGACUAUAAACGUACAGCCUGUGAGCCUAGUCUAGUAUAACUCUUGUAAUGAACUCAGAUUUUUCAUUUUAAGUAGAUUUAGCCCGACUCUGGUCUUGCAUCAGACUUUAGGGCCUCUUGGAUACAUGUAAGAGGCUUUGAAUGUUCUUGUUUCUCUCUGUUAGAGAAGGAAAACAUGAGCAUCCUCUUCAUACACAGUUAGAAAUCUCACCAUAUUAAAUUUGAUUAUCCAAACUCACUGACAGUCAUCACCUGAGCAGAGCGUUCAUACUAUGAAAUCAGGUGACAAUAACUAGGGCUGGGAAUCUUUCUCAUGAUUCGAAUUGAUUUCGAUUCUUGGGGACACGAUUCCGUUCAGAAUCUAUUUUCGAUUCGAAACUAUUCUGGAUUCAAAGUCUAUUUUUGAAUUGGUACAUACUUCAGGAUCUACUCCAGAGAUCUGAGAGACUGGCUGAAUUUCUUGCUGCUCCAUUUGGAAUUGUACUGAGUUAAAGAGCAAGCCUUAGCACUUAACAGAGAGUGACUGAUUAGCCCAAAAAAAAUAAGUUAUGAAUCGAUUUAAAAUCUCUGAAAAUAUAUAUUUUUUUCCACCUCUGACAAUAACAGUUCAAACGUAUUAACAUUUUUUUUGAUUCAAGAAGAUGUGUAUUAAACAAACAAGGAUACAACAUGUUAAUCAAUGCGCUUCAGAGGUGUUGGUGGUGAAGUUUGCUUCCUUUAGAAAAAGCAAAACUAGCUGUUUCCAGUCUCUCUGCUAAGCGACGCGACCUCUUGUGUACUGUACAGCCAUGAGAUUGGUUUUGAUCUGCUCUCCUGAUUCUGUCCAGGAAAGCAAAUAGGUGUGUUCACUCAAAAUGUUGGAGUAUUACCGGUACUUUAGGAGAUGUGCUGCAGAGUUUCAGAGUGGAAUAAAAUGCUCAUGCUCUCUUUUACCACUUGUUGUAAACCCCCUUAAAGCCUUAAUUUAUUUAAGAGAACGGUACCUGAUGAUGCUGGUAGUAUAGACACUGUAUAGAGUGUGGGAAUUACAUUUAUCGGUUUAAAAAUCUUAAUUUAUAUUUUAAUGUCUGUUGCGAUUGGGGAUAUUUAGUGUUGUGACUCUUAGAAAAUGUGCAGGGAUAUAAAAAAAAAAAAAAAGCUCUAAUUAUUCAAUGCUGUGCCUUUUUUUUGAUCUUUUUGUUUUGUUCAUCUUUCACCAAAUAUCAAGAGGGUUAAUAAUAAUAAGAGUAGCAGUAGCUGAUUGAACUACAGUAGGCUUUUUGUUGUUUUAUUUUUCUAAUUUAUACCUUAAAAUGUAUUUAUAAAUGAAGUUGUAAACAGUUGAUGUAAAUAUUUUUCUCCUCCCUCUCUGCUGAUUUUUAUUUUUAUUUUCUUAGGGCAGGCCCUCGUCGGUGUCCACUGUUGCUGCCUAAUGUUGAUGUGUUGUGUCUCAAGCAUGCAAUACACACACACACACACUAAUUUACACCACUCUGUAGAUUUUAUCAUUUUUAUUAUAACUAAACCAAAGCACUAAAUAGUUGUUUCUUUUUAUUUUUUUACAAAACCAUGAAAACCAUUUUUUUAACUAUCACUUAAUAAAUCAGUAAUGCCUUCCUUCAAGGUGCCUAACCACUUCAUCCUUCACUUUCAACUCAUUUGUUGACUUUGAGGAACACAACAGCUGCCUGUUCAUCCAUGAGUUAUCUCAUGUCUCUGUACUGAUUUAAAAAAUAAAACAUACACAAGCUGGGGGUUUGACUGACGCAGGAGAGGAAACCGCUCUCUAUCACGUAUCAUGAGGAUUUUAGAACAGCUGUACUUUAGUUUGUGUUUGUAGGAAAAGAUCUCUGAAUGUAGUUACAGACUUUAUAUCGGCGACCACUGGCAUCCUGCACUGGUUUUUGUGUUUUCAUUGUAAGAGAGAGAAUUUUUAUUUUUGUGUACACUGUUGGGAAGAGGGUGAGAAAUAAAGAAUGUAAGACACGAA